AGUGGAGCUGAGAAGCGCUGCCAGUGGACCGAUUCUCUGUCAGAGCUGGACCUGUCCUCCAACCAGCUGACAGAGUCCGUGUUUGAGUGCUUGCCCGUUAAUAUCAACAGACUGGACCUUCAAAACAACCAGAUCGCCAGUGUCCCCAAGGGGAUCGCCGAGCUGCAGUCCUUGAGGGAGCUGAACCUGGCAUCCAACAGGCUGGCCGACCUGCCAGGGUGCAGGGCCUUUGCGGGCCUGGAGAUCCUGAACAUAGAGAGGAAUUUGAUCCUCACGCCAAGUGCCGACUUCUUCGAGAGCUGCCCGAGCGUGAAGGAGCUACAAGCUGGGCAAAACCCGUUCAAGUGUUCG